AUGUCCCGGCACCCAUUUUUUUCUGCGGUGGUCCUUCUUGUUGUGCUGUUGAUAUGCUUUGGCAAUACGGCCGUGCACGCAGAGGAGGGAACUAAGCGAAAGGAAGCGCAAAUACCAAAUGUUGUCGACAUUUUUGUGCCUAAUCGAACGAUUGUGGAAACACAAGGCCAAAAUCAAAUGAGGGAUUCCUUUGCCUUCCCUUCCCUCGUUAGUGCUGGUGGAGUUUUGGUGGCGCUUGCCAGGGGUCACAGAAGCUUUAAAUACUCCACGGAGGAUCGUAUUUCGGUGGAUUAUGCUGAUGUUGUGGCGGGGUACAUUGACUCUACGGAGAGCUGGUCGUCUUUUGUCGAUGAGGUCAAUGCAAACAAAUGGAAAUCACACAGUAUUUUUCCCAUGUCUGUUCAAGUUGAGCAUAAGCCGCAUGUGAGGUGCGUGUUAAAACCCACAACGGUUGCAAAGGGCAGCAAAGUGUUUCUACUUGUGGGAGGCCAUUAUUUGAAAUUUGAUCCUUCAUCGAAGAGUUGGAUUGUGCUUUUACAGGGUCUUGAUUUGCUCGUGGGUGAGGCCACGCAAGAUAAAGUCAUCCAAUGGGGCAAACCCACCUCGAUUUUAUCACAGAUCGAACCAUCUGCUGAACAACGUGGCCUGGACCGGUUUGCCAGUGGUGGUGGCUCAGGCGUUGUGAUGGAGGAUGGCACGCUUGCGUUUCCUGUGACGGCGAGGGAUGCAUUAGCCGACGUUGUGUCCAUGAUCAUUUAUUCGAAGGACGACGGCAAAAAUUGGUUGCUUCCACAGGGGAUACUCCCCGUGGGGUGCACUGAACCCCUCAUCGUUGAGUGGGAGCGGGGGCAGCUUCUCAUGGUUGCCCAAUGCAAGUUUGGCCCCAAUGUGUUCGAGUCGAGGGACAUGGGGGAAACGUGGACGGAGGCUGGCUGGACACUUACGGGCGUGCAGCCCAGGUUUUCAUCAGACUUCUUGCAACUGGAUUGGAGUGUCACAUCUUUCACCACUGCGACCAUUGCUGGAAAGAAGGUCAUGCUGUACACUCAGAAAGGGGUUCCCCCUGGGGAGAGGGCGACAAAAGCGCUCUACCUUUGGGUUGCUGACAACAACCGCACGUUUCACGUUGGGCCCAUUUCCAUGGACACUAAAGAGAUGCUGCGGUCGACGUCUGCCAACACCCUGCUGCACUCUAACGAUGCAUUGCACCUUUUACAAGAGAGGGUCAGUACAACGACCACAAACCUGAUUUUUUCUUCCCUAACGAAGGAGCUGAAGACGAUUACGUCCGUCUUGGAGACUUGGGCAAAACUGGACUCCUUCCUCUCCAAUUCGUCAGUGCCCACGGCCGGUCUGGUUGGAUUCUUGUCGGAUGCAUCGGGUGAAGGAAGUUGGAACGACGCGUACCGUUGCGUGAAUGCAACUGUGACGAAUGCAAAGAAGGUCGAAGAUGGCUUUGAGUUCACGGGGUCCGAAUCAUACGCCAUGUGGCCCGUAAACAUGUGGAAGUAUCACUAUGUGCACGGCUUUGUGAAUCACGCGUU